AUGAGCAAUGGUCGAGUUACCCACGACAAAUUCCUGGAAUGGUGAGUUGAACGCUGGAGCAGCAGUGGUCACACACAUUGAAUCAGGUGUUGUGAAUCCUGAGACAAUAAAGAUCUAUUGUAUCUUUGACAGGUCUGAGACAUAUGGACCUGUGUACCGUAUUAAUGGGUUGCAUGUUGUGAUGCUGUGUGUCACCUGUCCUGAUACCACCAAGGUAAACCUGGGAAAUUACUAUAAUUAUGAUCUCUGAUGGACAGACUACGUAAACAUCUGACCAAAUUAAGCAAGAUUUUAGUUCUUGGUUAACUGAGAAUAAUGUAAUUCUAAAUUUUUGCAUGUUAAUUUCUGAAAUGAAAGUGCUGUAAAAUAACCCAUUUCCUCAAUUCCCCCUUCAAACCAAACUCACACUUUGCUUUGUCUCCACAGGAAGUCCUGAUGUCACCAAAGUACCCCAAAGACUCACUGGUCUACAAGCGUCUCUUCAACCUGUUUGGACAGAGGUGAGUCCUCAGUAUUGUAUUAUUAAUGUUAUCUAAAUAUACUUCCUACUACUACUUAUUGUGUCAACGUUUUGGUCAGUACAAACUAUUUCAAUACAAUCCCUCCUAAUGCUGGUUAUUGCAUGCGUAGCCUACACAGCAUAUAGACAUUCAAACAGGACAACUUGGUCACUGGUCAGUUGAUUCAGUGUUAGGGUAAAUACUCUGUUGUCCUUCUUCUCCAUAGGUUUUUGGGAAGUGGCCUGGUCACAGCACAGAAUCAUGAUGUUUGGUACAAACAGCGAAGAAUAAUGGACCCUGCCUUCAGCAGUCUGUAAGUCACUUAUCCAUUUCACAUGAUGUAAUAAUCAGUUGAUCACUCCAUUGAGCAAUCCAUCCAGCCAUCCAUCUGUUCAUCCAUCCAUCCAUCCAUCAUUGCUGUGUAUUGCUAGGUACCUGCGGGGUCAGAUGGGUGCGUUCAACGAGAGGGCAGAGAACCUGAUGGAUAAACUGGCGGACAUGGCUGACAACAACACAGCUGCCAACAUGCACCACAUGUUCAACCGUGUGACAUUGGAUGUCAUCACUAAGGUAACAGUCACUUCCUGUUCCCCUCAGAUCACCACACUGCCCUUACACUUUAUUAUUUCUGUUAUAAAGCUACAUUUGUUUCUAUAUAUGACAAUAAAAUAGUCAUAACAGGCUGUAUUUUGCUUAUGACAACUGAUAACACACUCAUUACCUAAGCUAUAUACAAUUUAGUCUAAGCAAGCCAAUGUGCUAGCUACAAUUAGCAUAACUAGAACCAGGAGUUUUACCUUAUCAUGUUGUAAGAAGUUGUCAAUCCUCUGUUUUUAUAUCAUCUGUAGGUGGCGUUUGGAGUGGAGCUGGAUCUACUGAAGGAGAGUGACACUCCAUUCCCCAACGCCAUAGAGAUGUGUCUGAAGGGAAUGGUCCACUAUCUCAGAGACUCCACCUUCCAGGUAAAUAGUUACAUAAAGUAUGUUAGUGAUGCUUCUCAAGAACGAUGGCUUAUUGAAUUCUCAUCAACGAAAAAGAGUAAUCAAAUUAAGAUCCUACAUCUGUAGCUCUACCCAAAGAACAAGAAGUUCAUCAACGAGGUGAAAGAGUCUGUUCAUCUGCUGCGUUCGACAGGCAGGCAGUGGAUCAACGAGAGGAAAAUGGCCGUCCAAAAUGGCGAGGACGUUCCAAAAGACAUCCUCACACAGAUCCUCAAGACGGCUGGCAAAGGCAUGUUGUAGUAGCCUGAUCACAGAUCUGUUUGUUCUGUCUUGCCAACUCCUGCCACUGUUCAUGACAAGACGGCACAAACAGAUCUGGGACCAGGCUAACAUUGGAGACCUUUUACCGGUGGUAAAACAAGUAAAACCUGUGGUGAGACAAGUGCUUGCUAAAACAGUCAUGAUAUUGAUGAGGUUCAGUAGCAGCAGGGCUGGAUUAAUACAGGGGUUUACCGGGGCUUAAGCCCCUGGGCCCAGGCCCAUGGUGGGCCGCCCAAGAGGCAGCAAAAAUAAAUAAAAAAUAAUGAUAUUUUCAACAAAUAAAUUGAAAUAUAUACCGUAUAUAUUAUAUAUACUGAACAAAAAUUCAAACGCAACAAUUCCUAAGAUUUUUGCUGAGUUGUUGUCCAUAGCUUAUGUCUGCCCAUACCAUAACCCCACCGCCACCUUGGGGGCACUCUGUUCAAAGUGUUGACAUCAGCAAACAGCUCGCCCAUACGACACCAUACACGUGGUCUCCGGUUGUGAGGCCAGUUGAACGUACUGCCAAAUUCUCUGAAACAACGUUGGAGGAGGCUUAUGGUAGCAGCUGGCAACAACUCUGGUGAACAUCCCUGCAGUCAGCAUGCCAAUUGCACGCUCCCUCAAAACUUGAGACAUCUGUGGCAUUAUGUUUUGUGACAAAACUGCACAUUUUAGAGCAGCGUUUUUUGUCCCCAGCACAAGGUGCACCUGUGUAAUGAUCAUGCAAUGAACAUUUGAGAGAAAUAAGCUUUUUGUGCAUAUGGAAAAUGUCUGGGAUAUUUUAUUUCAGCUCAUGAAACAUGGGACCAACACUUUACAUGUUGCAUUUACAUUUUUGUUCAGUGAAUAUAGUACAUAAGUUUUUUUGUUUUACUGAAUCGGCCAACCACAGGAGGUUUUCAGGAGUCCGCUCUCAAUGAGAGGAGGAGAUGGGGGAGGAGAGAAGGUAGGGGGUACACAUGGGUAACUGGGGGGCCCUGCCUUGAUUGGGUAACUGCUUAAUAAAAAAUAUAAAUAAAUAAGCUGCGAGUAUAGGGGUUGGGCCUAAGCCCCUAAGGGGGCCCAAGAGGCAAAAUAAAAUACUUUUUUUGAUCAACCAUGGCAAGGUGACUGGGAAUAUGGCAGAAUACAACCAGUGUAGCUACUCACUCCGCAAGGCAAUUAAACUGGCAAAACAUCAGUAUAGAGACAAAGUGGAGUCGCAAUUCAACAGCUCAGACACAAGACAUAUGUGGCAGGGUCUACAGACAAUCACGGACUACAAAAGGAAAACCAGCCACAUCGCCGACACAGACGUCUCGCUUCCAGACAAGCUAAACACCUUCUUCGCCCGCUUUGAGGAUAACACAGUGCCUCUGACGAGGCCCACUACCAAGGACUGUGGCCUCUCCUUCUCUGUGGCCGACGUGAUUAAGACAUUUAAGCAUGUUAACCCCCUCAAGGCUGCCGGCCCAGACUGCAUUGCAAGCCGCGUCCUCAGAGCAUGCGCAGACCAGCUGGCUGGUGUGUUUAUGGACAUAUUCAAUCACUCCCUUUCCCAGUCUGCUGUUCCCACAUGCUAGGGCGGCAGGUAGCGUAGUGGGUAAGAGCGUUGUGCCAGUAACCGAAAGGUUGCUGGUUCUAAUCCCCGAGCCGCCUAGGUGAAAAAUCUGUCGAUGUGCCCUUAAGCAAGGCACUUAACCCUAAUUGCUCCUGUAAGUCGCUCUGGAUAAGACCGUCUGCUAAAUGACUAAAAUGAAAAAUGUAAUGCUUCAAGAUGGCCACCAUUGUUCCUGUACCCAAGAAAGCAAAGGUAACUGAACUAAAUGACUAUCGCCCUGUAGCACUCACCUCUGUCAUCAUGAAGUGCUUUGAGAGACUAGUCAAGGAUCAUAUCACCUCUACCUUACCUGUCACCUUAGACCCACUUCAAUUUGCUUACCGCCCCAAUAGGUCCACAGACGAUGCAAUCGCCAUCACACUGCACACUGCCCUAUCCCAUCUGGACAAGAGGAAUACCUAUGUAAGAUUGCUGUUCAUUGACUAUAGCUCAGCAUUCAACACCAUAGUACCCUCCAAGCUCAUCAUCAAGCUCGAGGCCCUGGGUCUGAACCCCGCCCUGUGCAACUGGGUCCUGGACUUCCUGAUGGACCGCCCCCAGGUGGUGAAGGUAGGAAACAACAUCUCCACUUCGCUGAUCCUCAACACUGGGGCCCCACAAGUGUGCGUGCUCAGCCCCCUCCUGUACUCCCUGUUCACCAAUGACUGCGUGGCCAAGCACGCCUCCAACUCAAUCAUCAAGUUUGCAGACAACACAACAGUAGUAGGCUUGAUUACCAACAAUGACGAGACCGCCUACAGGGAGGAGGUGAGGGCUCAGGGAGUGUGGUGGCAGGAAAAUAACCUCUCACUCAACGUCAACAAAACAAAGGAGAUGAUCGUGGACUUCAGGAAACAGUAGAGGGUGCACCCCCCUGUCCACAUCGACGGGACCGCAGUGGAGAAGGUGGAAAGCUUCAAGUUCCUUGGCGUACACAUCACUGACAUACUGAAAUGGUCCACCCACGCAGACAGUGUGGUGAAGAAGGCCCAACAGAGCCUCUUCAACCUCAGGAGGCUGAAGAAAUUCGGCUUGGCACCUAAAACCAUCACAAACUUUUAUAGAUGCACAAUUGAGAGCAUCAUGUCGGGCUGUAUCACCGCCUGGUACAGCAACUGCACCGCCCGCAACCGCAGGGCUCACCAGAGGGUGGUGCGGUCUGCCGAACGCAUUACCGGGGGCAAACUACCUGCCCUCCAAGACAACUACAGCACCCGAUGUCACAGGAAAGACAAAAAGAUCAUCAAGGACAUCAACCACCCGAGCCACUGCCUGUUCAGUUCAUCCCGCUUUCAUCCAGAAGGCGAGGUCAGUACAGGUGCAUCAAAGCUAGGACCGAGAGAAUGGAUAAACAGCUUCUAUCUCAAGGCCAUCAGACUGUUAAAUAGCCAUCACUAGCACAUUAGAGGCUGCUGCUGCCUAUUGAAAUCACUGGCCACUUUAAGAAUUGGAACACUAGUCACUUUAAUAAUGUUUACAUAUCUUGCGCUACUCAUCUCAUAUGUAUAUACUGCAUUCUAUUCUAUAAUAUUCUACUGUAUCUUAGUCCAUGCCGCUCUGUCAUUGCUUGUCCAUAUAUGUAUAUAUUCUUAAAUUCCAUUCCUGACUAGUUUUGUGUGUAUUGGGUAUAUGUUGUGAAAUUGUUAGAUAUUACUGCACUGUCGUAGCUAGAAGCACAAGCAUUUCGCUACACCCGCUAUAACAUCUGCUAAACACGUGUAUGUGACAAAUACAAUUUUAUUUUAUUUUAUUUGAGUAGCACUAUUGUCUCAAUGCUGUAAACUGAUAUACAGUGGGGAGAACAAGUAUUUGAUACACUGCCGAUGUUGCAGGUUUUCCUACUUACAAAGCAUGUAGAGGUCUGUCAUUUUUAUCAUAGGUACACUUCAACUGUGAGAGACGGAAUCUAAAACAAAAAUCCAGAAAAUCAUAUUUUAUGAUUUUUAAGUAAUUAAUUUGCAUUUUAUUGCAUGACAUAAGUAUUUGAUACAUCAGAAAAGCAGAACUUAAUAUUUGGUACAGAAACCUUUGUUUGCAAUUACAGAGAUCAUACAUUUCCUGUAGGUCUUGACCAGGUUUGCACACACUGUAGCAGGGAUUUUGGCCCACUCCUCCAUACAGACCUUCUCCAGAUCCUUCAGGUUUCGGGGCUGUCGCUGGGCAAUACGGACUUUCAGCUCCCUGCAAAUAUUUUCUAUUGGGUUCAGGUCUGGAGACUGGCUAGGCCACUCCAGGACCUUGAGAUGCUUCUUACGGAGCCACUCCUUAGUUACCCUGGCUGUGUGUUUCGGGUCAUUGUCAUGCUGGAAGACUCAGCCACGACCCAUCUUCAAUGCUCUUACUGAGGGAAGGAGGUUGUUGGCCAAGAUCUCGCGAUACAUGGCCCCAUCCAUCCUCCCCUCAAUACGGUGCAGUCGUCCUGUCCCCUUUGCAGAAAAGCAUCCCCAAAGAAUGAUGUUUCCACCUCCAUGCUUCACGGUUGGGAUGGUGUUCUUGGGGUUGUACUCAUCCUUCUUCUUCCUCCAAACAUGGCGAGUGGAGUUUAGACCAAAAAGCUAUAUUUUUGUCUCAUCAGACCACAUUACCUUCUCCCAUUCCUCCUCUGGAUCAUCCAGAGGAUCAUUGGCAAACUUCAGAUGGGCCUGGACAUGCGCUGACUUGAGCAGGGGGACCUUGCGUGUGCUGCAGGAUUUUAAUCCAUGACGGCGUAGUGUGUUACUAAUGGUUUUCUUUGAGACUGUGGUCCCAGCUCUUUUCAGGUCAUUGACCAGGUCCUGCCGUGUAGUUCUGGGCUGAUCCCUCACCUUCCUCAUGAUCAUUGAUGCCCCACCAAGUGAGAUCUUGCAUGGAGCCCCAGACCGAGGGUGAUUGACCGUCAUCUUGAACUUCUUCCAUUUUCUAAUAAUUGCGCCAACAGUUGUUGCCUUCUCACCAAGCUGAUUGCCUAUUGUCCUGUAGCCCAUCCCAGCCUUGUGCAGGUCUACAAUUUUAUCCCUGAUGUCCUUACACAGCUCUCUGGUCUUGGCCAUUGUGGAGAGGUUGGAGUCUGUUUGAUUGAGUGUGUGGACAGGUGUCGUUUAUACAGGUAACGAGUUCAAACAGGUGCAGUUAAUACAGGUAAUGAGUGGAGAACAGGAGGGCUUCAUAAAGAAAAACUAACAGGUCUGUGAGAGCCGGAAUUCUUACUGGUUUGUAGGUGAUCAAAUACUUAUGUCAUGCAAUAAAAUGCAAAUUAAUUACUUAAAAAUCAUACAAUGUGAUUUUCUGAAAAAAAGUAUUUAGUCAGCCACCAAUUGUGCAAGUUCUCCCACUUCAAAAGAUGAGAGAGGCCUGUAAUUUUCAUCAUAGGUACACAUAAACUAUGACAGACAAAAUGAGAAAAAGAAAUCCAGAAAAUCACAUUGUAGGAUUUUUUAUGAAUUUAUUUACAAAUUAUGGUGGAAAAUAAGUAUUUGGUCACCUACAAACAAGCAAGAUUUCUGGCUCUCACAUACCUGUAACUUCUUUUUUAAGAGGCUCCUCUGUCCUCCACUCGUUACCUGUAUUAAUGGCACCUGUUUGAACUUGUUAUCAGUAUAAAAGACACCUGUCCACAACCUCAAACAGUCACACUCCAAAGUCCACUAUGGCCAAGACCAAAGAGCUGUCAAAGGACACCAGAAACAAAAUUGUAGACCUGCACCAGGCUGGGAAGACUGAAUCUGCAAUAGGUAAGCAGCUUGGUUUGAAGAAAUCAACUGUGGGAGCAAUUAUUAGGAAAUGGAAGACAUACAAGACCACUGAUAAUCUCCCUCGAUCUGGGGCUCCACGCAAGAUCUCACCCCGUGGGGUCAAAAUGAUCACAAGAACGGUUAGCAAAAAUCCCGGAACCACACGGGGGGACCUAGUGAAUGACCUGCAGAGAGCUGGGACCAAAGUAACAAAGCCUACCAUCAGUAACACACUACGCCGCCAGGGACUCAAAUCCUGCAGUGCCAGACGUGUCCCCCUGCUUAAGCCAGUACAUGUCCAGGCCCGUCUGAAGUUUGCUAGAAUGCAUUUGGAUGAUCCAGAAGAGGAUUGGGAGAAUGUCAUAUGGUCAGAUGAAACCAAAAUAGAACUUUUUGGUAAAAACUCAACUCGUCGUGUUUGGAGGACAAAGAAUGCUGAGUUGCAUCCAAAGAACACCAUACCUACUGUGAAGCAUGGGGGUGGAAACAUCAUGCUUUGGGGCUGUUUUUCUUCAAAGGGACCAGGACGACUGAUCCGUGUAAAGGAAAGAAUGAAUGGGGCCAUGUAUCGUGAGAUUAUGAGUGAAAACCUCCUUCCAUCAGCAAGGGCAUUGAAGAUGAAACGUGGCUGGGUCUUUCAGCAUGACAAUGAUCCCAAACACACUGCCCGGGCAACGAAGGAGUGGCUUCGUAAGAAGCAUUUCAAGGUCCUGGAGUGGCCUAGCCAGUCUCCAGAUCUCAACUCCAUAGAAAAUCUUUGGAGGGAGUUGAAAGUCCGUGUUGCCCAGCGACAGCCCCAAAACAUCACUGCUCUAGAGGAGAUCUGCAUGGAGGAAUGGGCCAAAAUACCAGCAACAAUGUGUGAAAACCUUGUGAAGACUUACAGAAAACGUUUGACCUGUGUCAUUGCCAACAAAGGGUAUAUAACAAAGUAUUGAGAAAUACUUAUUUUCCACCAUAAUUUGCAAAUAAAUUCAUUAAAAAUCCUACAAUGUGAUUUUCUGGAUUUUUUUCUUCUCAUUUUGUCUGUCAUAGUUGACGUGUACCUAUGAUGAAAAUUACAGGCCUCUCUCAUCUUUUUAAGUGGGAGAACUUGCACAAUUGGUGGUUGACUAAAUACUUUUUUCCCCCACUGUAUAUCCAUCAUUUCAGAAGAAAACAUAGCAAACGAUGAUGAGGAGGUUAUGCUGGACAACUUUGUGACGUUCUUCAUUGCGGGUACGUCUCCCUGAAACAAGUGCUGUUCUUUAUUUUUUUUAUGAAUCCAUCUUAGUAAUAUAGUUUUUCCCACACAAUUGAUAUUUAAAGAAACUACAGUGACAGUACUUUUGUUGUUUUAAUCUUGACAGGGCAAGAGACAACAGCCAAUCAACUAGCUUUUGCAGUUAUGGAACUGGGAAGGCUGCCAGAGAUAUUGACAAAGUAGGACUUGUUUUCAUAAUUUCUAUUUUGGUUAUUGAUAGUUUCUGUAUUAAAAACAGGUUGGUUGAGUUUGUGAGUGUCUCUGACCUCUCCAGGGUGAAGCAGGAAGUGGAUGAUGUCAUUGGGAUGAAACAGGAAAUCAGCUUUGACGACCUGGGGAAAAUGACCUACCUGUCCCAGGUCUGUUUGUGUUGUCUUGUCAUUACUAAUUACUAGUACUAUACAAAAAAGUAUAAUACUGCAAAGUUGCUUAGGAGCUAGAAGCAGAGCUGCCAUGUCUGUUGGCGCAAUCUCAACUAUACUUGUACUAUAUUAACUGCAGUUGUGUGACCAACUGGAUGUUAACCCGGUUCGUCUGCAUGGUAAAAGACUGCAUUAGCUGGCUGAGCUAAAGCCUAGGCAUUACAUCCCACUAGGCAAAAACUGGUUCAGUCAACAUUGUUUCCAUGUCAUUUCAACUAAAAUAAUCUAUGUGAUGACGUUGAAUCAACGUGGGAAACUGAUUGGAUUUGAAAAAAGACAUCAACGUAAGGGCAUUUUGUCUUUUUUCACGCAACUUUUAAAUGGUGAAAUGUUUUGUUGAUUUCACUUUUAAUUCACGUUGACAACUCAAUCAAAUCUAAAUCAAAGCUAGACAUUGAACUGUCUGUGCCCAGUGGGAUGUACCUCAGGGAGAUAACGCAAGUGUUCAAGUCUCAGGUCAGGUAACUCUUCACAUGGUUAAUCAGCAUGUUGUGUUUGAUUAAUAUAAUCUCCCCCGUCAGGUUUUGAAGGAGACUCUAAGGUUGUACCCUACAGCACCAGGCACUUCUCGCUUCAUCCCCAACGACAUCGUCAUCAACGGCAUCCCCGUCCCAGCAGGAGUCACAUGCAUCGUGAGUAGUCACCUCAAAAUCAAUGUGGAUGAGUGUUGUUGUAUGUUAAUAUCUCAAAGUUUAGUGGUGGUGUUAACAUGUGAUACGCUUUGGUACCUCAAUGUAGUAAAGGAAUUAAGUAGCCUUGUCCAAGCCAGUAUGGCUUAUACCUCAAUGUGCUCCCAAUUAUUUGGUGGAUAGAUUUUUUAUUUUUCUAUAAUUUACUUUUUUUCUGUUACACUGUAAAAAAAAAAAAAAAGUCUCAAAACACCAUGAUUGUGUAAUGAAACCAUGAAAAGUUGUGCAACUAAGCUGAGCUCUGGGUGUUUGAAUGUAAACCCAAUGUAAGUGUUUUAAUAGUCUCCAAGUCCAGAACAGACUGUGGGAGCUGCACAGUACUACAUAGAGCCAUGACUACAUGGACCUCUAUUCCACGUCAAGUAACUGAUGCAAGCAGUAAAAUUAGAUUUUAAAAAAAUAGAUAAAAAUACACCUUAUGGAACAGUGGGGACUGUGAAGCAGCACAAACAUAGGCACAGACACAUGCAUACAAACACAGGAUAACAUACGCACUAAACACACACGUACACAUGGAUUUUGUGUUGUAGAUAUGUGAUAGUGGAGUAGGGGCCUGAGCACACACACUUAAUGUGUUGUGAAAUCUGUUAUAAAUGUAUUGUAAUGUUUUUUAAAUUGUUUAACUGCCUUAAUUUUGCUGGACCCCAGGAAGAGUAGCUGCUGCCUUGGCUGCAGCUAAUAGGGAUCCAUAAUAAAUACAAAUACAAAUACACAGAAUGUGUUUUAAAACAGAAAUUUAGGAACUCCGAAACACCCAAAGUGUUUCUUCAACCUUAAUAUUGAUGUUUUUAAGAGAGUGUUGUGAAAACACUUUUUGGGGUUUCAGUGAAUGUAAAACGCAGCAUCAAUACACAAAAACUGUGUUGCUCAUACAAUCAAUGGUUUAGAAAUGCAAAUGUUUAUAGCCUAAAUAUUGUUUAAUGAAAAGGGCCUAUGGAGAAUAUUUUUGGUGGAAUUCCACCUUUAUUCUUUGAAUACUUUAUUUAGACAGGUUGGAAACGGGAGGGCAGUAAGAAGAUACAUUUUGUUGAGAUUUUACCAACUCAACCACGCAGCCACACUGUAAGAAAUAAUACUGGGCUGAAUUGAAAUGUACAAAAAAUCAAAAAACAUAUACUUCAUAAAAAUGAAUGUAAGUCGUGCAGAGCCCCUGGUCUAGCAGUAACACACCAGGCUUAGACAGGUCACCCCUUGCCCACCGAAGACUGGGGUUAAAUUCCCUGCUCCCUACAGUUGAAGUCGGAAGUUUACUUACACCUUAGCCAAAUACAUUUAAACUCAGUUUUUCAAAAUUCCUGACAUUUAAUCCUAGUAAAAAUUCCCUGUCUUAGGUCAGUUAGAAUCACCACAUUAUUUUAAGAAUAUGAAAUGUCAGAAUAAUAGUAGAGAGAAUGAUUUAUUUCAGCUUUUAUUUCUUUCAUCACAUUCCCAGUGGGUCUGAAGUUUACAUACACUCAAUUAGUAUUUGGUAGCAAUGCCUUUAAAUUGUUUAACUUGGGUCAAACGUUUCGGGUAGCUUUCUCAAGCUUCCCACAAUAAGUUGGGUAAAUUUUGUCCCAUUCCUCCUGACAGAGCUGGUGUAACUGAGUCAGGUUUGUAGGCCUCCUUGCUCGCACACGCUUUUUCAGUUCUGCCCUCACAUUUUCUAUAGGAUUGAGGUCAGGGCUUUGUGAUGGCCACUCCAAUAUCUUGACUUUGUUGUCCUUAAGCCAUUUUGCCACAACUUUGGAAGUAUACUUGGGGUCAUUGUCCAUUUGGAAGACCCAUUUGAGACCAAGCUUUAACUUCCUGACUGAUGUCUUGAGAUGUUGCUUCAAUAUAUCCACAUUAUUUUCCUUCCUCAUGAUGCCAUCUAUUUUGUGAAGUGCACCAGUCCCUCCUGCAGCAAAGCACCCCCACAGCAUGAUGCUGCCACCCCCGUGCUUCACGGCUGGGAUGGUGUUCUUCGGCUUGCAAGCGUCCCCCUUUUUCCUCCAAACAUAACGAUGGUCAAUAUGGCCAAACAGUUCUAUUUUUCUUUCAUCAGACCAGAGGACAUUUCUCCAAAAAGUAUGAUCUUUGUCCCCAUGUGCAGUUGCAAACCGUAGUCUGGCUUUUUUAUGGCGGUUUUGGAGCAGUGGCUUCUUCCUUGGUUUGCGGCCUUUCAGGUUAUGUUGAUAUAGGACUCAUUUUACUGUGGAUAUAGAUACUUUUGUACCUGUUUCCUCCAGCAAGUUCCUUUGCUGUUGUUCUGGGAUUGAUUUGCACUUUCCGCACCAAAGUACGUUCAUCUCUAGGAGACAGAACGCGUCUCCUUCCUGAGCGGUAUGAUGGCUGCGUGGUCCCAUGGUGUUUAUACUUGCAUGCUAUUGUUUGUACAGAUGAACGUUGUACCUUUAGGCAUUUGGAAAUUGCUCCCAAGGAUGAACCAGACUUGUGGAGGUCUACAAUUUUUUUUCUGAGGUCUUGGCUGUUUUCUUUUGAUUUUCCCAUGAUGUCAAGCAAAGAGGCACUGAGUUUGAAGGUAGGCCUUGAAAUACAUCCACAGGUACACCUCUAAUUGACUCAAAUUAUGUCAAUUGGCCUAUCAGAAGCUUCUAAAUCCAUGACAUCAUUUUCUGGAAUUUUCCAAGCUAUUUAAAGGCAAAGUCAACUUAGUGUAUGUAAACUUCUGACCCACUGGAAUUGUGAUAGUGAAUUAUAAGUGAAAUAAUCUGUCUGUAAACAAUUGUUGGAAAAAUUACUUGUGUCAUGCACAAAGUAGAUGUCCUAACCGACUUGCCAAAACGAUAAUUUGUUAACAAGAAAUGUGUGGAGUGGUUGAAAAACUAGUUUUAAUGGCUCCAACCUAAGUGUAUGUAAACUUCCGACAUCAACUGUAUCUGUAUCCACUCUGUCAUUUCAUAACUGUGUCAAUAAUGUGUCAAAAUAACCCCAACAUUUAAAAAAAUUUUUUCAUGCAAGUCAUUUCAAUGAUUUGUUAUUUUCAUUUUAGCAAAAUAAUGUAAAUAUAACUUUUAAUAUGUUGCUCAAAAUGUAAGUAUCUUUCAUGAGGAUAACCAAGAGAGAGACAAUAGUGAUUGAACCCAUUGGAAGUCUUUGGUUUUAAUCUCCUUGCAUUUCCUAUCUUGACGCGUGACUCUGUUUUUAAAGGAUUGUGGGUAAUUCAACGUUUUUAGAAUAUGAUUCUUUCACACAAUGUUGUAUGCAUGUUUGAAGAAAGAAAACUAUAUUUCUAUAUUGGUAUUAAGCUUGUUGUACCAUGUGGUGUAAUGUAUCAUGAUGAACGGAUAUCAAAACCAUGAGGCAAUUUGACAUUCAAUGAGGACAGCACCCAUUCCCACAUUCAGAAUUUUCAGUUGAAGAGGCCAGUGCAGAGUCCUCAUUUCUUGCAGUUCAACCUCCAGUUAGUGCUGGUGGUUUGAAAGCUGUGCUUGACAAUGCCUGCCAAAAUGGUAUACAGUAUAAUGGCAAAUGAUCAAAUACAUCACACAAUGUUAAAUAUAAAGACACCAGACAAAGGGAUCUAAUUCUGCAAUAGACAGGACUCGAAACACCAAAAUAGUGUUUUCAACCUUUACUGUUAAUGCUCCCAGUCCUUGAUAAGGUGUUGCACAAUAUUUGAUUUAGCGGUGUACUCCGGCAAAGUUAAGGUUUCGUCUCCUUCAAGUUGGUGGCAGCCAGUUGCCACUAGUUUUGGUGUUACAAAGCACUUCAUUUUAACAGUGUAGUAAACACCUCAUGAACUAUUUUGGGUGUGGGUGCACUUAUUUUAUUUACUAAACUGUCUUACAACUUAUGUUUGCCCCUAUCUUGUCUGUUUACAGUUCAAUUCCUAUGUCUGUGGAAGGUUGGAUAAGUUCUUUGAGGACCCGCUGAAGUUUGACCCAGAGAGGUUCCAUCCAGACGCUACCAAGUAA